AUGCCUGGAAUUUGGACUAAAGAUCAAACAGAGGCAUGGAAGCCCAUUGUUGACUCUGUUCAUGGCAAAGGCGGUGUCUUUUUUUGUCAGCUAUGGCAUCCAGGGCGACUAUCCAAUUCAACUCUCAACAAUUUCAUAAUGUUUUGGAAAGCAGUACCUGACGAUGGUGAGUACUUCAAACCAACACCAAAGCAACUAAAAGCUAAUGAACUCCCUCUCAUUGUCAACGAUUUUAGAAUUGCAGCCCGCAAUGCCAUUGAAGCUGGAUUUGAUGGAGUGGAGAUCAACUCUGCAAACAGCUACAUAAUCGAUCAGUUCUUGAAUGAUCAAGUCAACGACAGAACCGAUGAAUAUGGUGGAAGCAUUGAGAACCGUUGUAGACUUGCUCUCGAAAUUAUAGGAGCAGUUGUGGAAGAAAUUGGAGCAGACAGAGUUGGUGUAAAACUCUCUCUAUUUUCUGAAGUGUAUGGGAAAAAAGACUCGAACCCAGAAUUUCUAUCGACUUAUUUGGCUAGUGAACUCACUAAGCUUGGAGUUUUAUAUUUACAUGUGUUUGAGCCAAAGGACGAACCUCGUUGCCUUAAAUCAAUAAGGUGUGCAUUUGAAGGGACACUUAUUGCUUCUGGUGGAUACAAUAAAACUGAUGGAGAUGAAGCAAUUACUGAAAGUUAUGCUGAUUUGGUUUCAUUUGGACGUUUGUUUUUGGCAAAUCCUGAUUUGCCUAAACGUUUUGAAGCGAAUGCACCGUUGAACAAACAUGAUAGGAGCACUUUCUAUAAGACUGAUCCUGUAGUUGGUUACACUGAUUACCCGUCUCUUGAAAUUGCUUGUUAA